GAAAUGUCCUGCUACAACAAGCAAACAAAGACGAGGGAACCGUGAAACCUCAAGUAGUACAGCACAGCGUCAGAAAAGUGCAUCAAGAGUUGUCUACGGCAGAUUUACUACGACUAGAUGCUUUGGAAAAAAUGCAAGAAUAUGCGAACCAGGCAUCUUUUAACAAUGCUGCUCACGCAGUGAAGACAGUGACUGGAGGAUGUGAGGAGAAUCAAGAUGCCGCUUCUACUUCUAGGACACCUACUACAACAGUUGUACGAGAUGAGGGGAACAAGAACUCUGGUGAUGACUCACAAGAAGCACAGUCCGCUAGAAGAAGUAGCUUCAUCGACAAGAAUGGUGCUUCACACUCCGCAACGUCCUCGUCUAGCCUAAACGACAGGGCACAGACGUCAACGCAGAAAAACAAUGCGAAGAUAGUGUCGACGAAAGAUGCUGCCUCUUCCACACAGCAGACGUCGGUAGUUGCGAAAGACGCUGCCUCUUCCACACAGCAGACGUCGGUUUUUGGUUCUUUUUUCCACAGUAUCCUGCAUUCAACGUUCCGUGUGCCCGUCUUCAUGAACCUGGGGAUGUCGUCGUUUCUGCAACAGAAGUCUUCAAAAACAGAAUCUCUGCACCACAAUCAAAACGCUCUUGCAGUUCUUACCCAUUGUCGAGCUUUAGUUGCAGCAAGUCAAGAAGAUCUUGUCGUGCCACUAUCUUCUUCACAAAGAAGAACAAGUAGCAGCGGGGACACACAUACAAACCCAAGUGAUGCUCAACAACAGCUACCCCUGGUACUCCUGCACAAAAGCCAACAACACGCGCACGAUCCGAAUGCAGCCUCCUCUUCUGUAGCCGUACUAGGUUCAUCAUCCUCAUCUUCGCAGUGUGCUGCCGAACUCGCUGGUCAUGGUACUGUGUCACUAGCGGUGCAGGAAAUGGAGCAGGAACUAGAACAACACUUCACAGCGGUUCGCGAAGCAGAGGAUUCGUGUAGGACAGAACGUUAAGGGUUGGAUAAGUUGACCGACUUCUCGAGAAUGAGCAUAUCAAUAUGUAGCAUGUCUAUGGCUUCUCUUUUGCUUUCUCUGCGCCCACCGCUGCUGGUGCGUCGAACUAAUCGAAAAAUUUGUAAUUGUAAUAGAUCAUAUGUGAGAUAGAUCAGAGAGAUGUGAGAUAAACGAUAUUAAGUGAACUUCUUCCAACCCCUAAGAAAAGGCGGAGCAAAAUGCAGCCACAACACAACACGAGGAGUUUGCGGCUGCCGGAGAAGCGGCAGCAGCGGACGCCAAUUCCAAACUUCAAACUUUGCAAGCAGAAAAAGACAACUUGUUGUUAUGGAAGGCGGUUUGGCAGAUCACGAGAAGAUGACUCAAUAAUACUAGAUUCUCUUUUUUGAGAUCACUAGAAAAGGAACUUUUGUUUCCCACCCUCCUCCUCUAAUUUUCGAGUCUCUCAAUGCCCUUGGCGAGUCCGUGAGGGGACUGGAGAGUAGUUGCAAGGAACGGGAAGAGGAGUCGGAGGAAAUAGAGAAGAAGCUCGUAGAGGCACGGGCUGAAUGCUUGCACGAUGCAAAAGCAGGUGCUGGAUUACGCGAUUGCGAAGUCAGCGAGUGGGACCAUGACGUUCGAGAUUGCGACUGCACCGAAAACGACUACAGCGGAAGGGUUUGGAAGAAAGUAUUUAAUUAUUCCAUGAUUGAGUCAGUUUUUCUUCACUUUUUAGCGUGGCAGUAAGUUGCUUGUGAUUUAAUUAAUAUCGAAGUUCUUGUAGAAGUUUUUCAAGAGUAAAGUAGUUCUUGGGACGAGAGAUAACAGCCUUCUUCUAGAAGCGAGGUUUUUGGUUUCGAGAUUGUCUCUGCCAACAAUUAAAUUGCUGAAGGUAGAGAAUGACCUUUUGAGACACAAUGAUGAUGAAAUUUCCUCUUCCAGUUCUUCGCAACCCGUAGCAUUCAAGUGACGCCAACUCCGCUUUUCGGUAUCUCGUGUCCUGUGCUUCGUGAAGAACGCAAGUGCCCGAAGCAGUGUUUGAAGCCCGUAGACUGCGAGUUCGCUGAUUGGGGCGAAUGGGAGUCUUGCUCGGUGACCUGCGGCGGCGGCGUGCGAAACCGAGCACGGAAUGUAGCCAAACUUAUGGCCGCUUAGGCUUCGUCCAUCUUGAUAGAGGUAGAUGAUCCCUCUUCCGGAUAUUUCAAGGGGAUGAUCGUUCUUCAUCUGUUGUAUAUAGACGAUAUUGAUGUAUGACAGGGGUCGAUCCCCCACAUCGAAAUGAACUACUUAGUUGGUAGAUGAGCUAACAAACACGCAGAGAAUGGCGGGAUGGAGUGCACUGGGAUGCCAACGGAGACAGAUCAGUGCAACGUGCAUCCAUGCCACGAGGACACGGCGAUUGAGGAAGCGCAGGGCAAGGAAGAGCAGCCGGUAGCGGCAGAAGAAGCUGAGGGGGACCAGGAUGGAGACAGUGGAGAAGCUGCUGUUGAUGAGACAGGUGCAAAAAGUCGUGCUAGUCCCGUUGCAGUAGACACGGAGCAACAAGCAACAGUAGUACCAUCAGCACCUGACCAAAGCUCUACGGGUGAGGCGACGAGUAGUGCAAGCUCCAAUGUUGCUAGAGGAACACGCGGAGCUCGCGUGGCAGGAGCUUCAUCUAGUCGUGGCAACAGAGGCUCAAAAGGGAGUGGAGGACUUUGUGGUGGCCGCGAAGGCGGCGGCUUUGGUCCGAGUGCUCCUUGUCCUCUCUCCGUCUGGUCGAAGUGGUCUCGCUGCUCGCAGUCCUGCAUGGUCCGCGGCAGUCGUGUGAAGCCCUACCGUGAGAGCCGACGAGCUUGGGCUGGGUUCAACCUCCAAGAAGAGCAGUGUUCGGGUUCAGUACGAGAAUUGGCUCAUUUCGGUGGCCCGCCGGUGAGCGGCUUACUUACUCCUGCAGCGUUAGGCGAGCUGGCACGGAGCGGCCAGUGUCCCGCACGACGGUUGGAGUGGAAUGACAAGUCUGUCGUGGAAAUGCAGGACUGCAACGUCUUGAACCUGUGUCCUAGGAAGCUAGGCUGUGCAGCCCAGAACUGCGAAAACGCAGGGGAAGUUCUUCUAGUGCUGGAUGAUCGGGUCGGCGGAGACGAUUUCGAAGGCCAGAAAAACGUUGCUGCCACUUUGGUAAGAAAGUUGUUGAACAAGAAAGUGGCACCUCUGCAUCUGGGAGGCGAGAAAGGACUUCUCAUGGCUGAUAUGGGGUCUUCCUACGCAGAUUCUGUUGAAGGAAGUGACGAAGAUGGGGAUGGAGAUGAGGAUGAUAAUAGCAGUGGCGAAGAUGAGGAUGAUGAUUACAGCCAACAAAAUGACGAUAAUUUGAUGACAUCAACAAGUGAUGUAUUUUUGCAGCAACAUUCUAGUUCACGAAGACGCGGGAACUCUAUACUGGAGGUUGCCGCGCGUCUCCGUUCACAGUCACCUUGUGGUGAUAACUCACUGCGUGUCGCUCUGUUCAAGUACAAUCGCACCUCGGCUUCAGUACUUGGCAUAUCAUCAUCACCUUCUGCUAGCAAUGAGCAGGAUAGUUCUACUACUUCUGGGAAGGAGAACAACUACAGGAAAAAUGCUCAGUUUUUCUCGCGUAAUGCGGGUGAGAUCGCACUUGCUCUUGAAAACGAUGGGUCGUGGCAGAUGUCUGGUCUAGGUGGUGGUACAACGAAAGAAGCUGCAGCUGGCGUCUCACUCGCACACGACACUUUGGUUGACUUUUUCGCACAAAAGCUCGCGCAAGAGGCAGCUGCAGCACGCAGUGCGCAACAGCAGAUGCAGGGUUUCGCUGCGAAUUUAGAGCGUGUCGAUCCGAAACUAAUCGCAAACCGAACUCGGCCUUGGCGAGAAGCAGAACGAGCCAGAUUGGAUGGUGGGAGCGACAAAACACCAGAUGGUUCGAUUGGAAGCCUCUUCACGGCAGAAUACGGCUUUGCAGUGCACUCAAAUGGUGCUGCGAAGACUGAAGAUGCUGGUAAGACGAACAGUUCAGCAUCUAGUGGUGUCAAUAGUACUAAAAAAAACACUUCGACUUCGUUUCUACAGGUGAUGAGAAUUACAAGAACUACUAGGUCCUCGCGUGCUAGAAGAAGUAGGGCAGAACUUUUGACUCAGCAAGGAGAAGAAACAGUGAACAAUCGUCGUCGACACGCUGCCCUGCAGAGGCGUCGAAAGCAAGAUGCAGUUACCGACUUGUUGAGCACAUUUUCUCUAGGAAGUGGAAAACUAGUAGCUUCACAGGAUCCCAGCACUGCUGGAAAAGAACAGACAUCUCUCCACAUAGUAGCAUCAAGCAGCAACAACUCUUCUGCUGCACACAAGACUAACAACGCUGUCUCGCAACCCCCAGCGGGUCCGCGUUAUCGCAGAAAGCGCACUUUGAUCUUGUUUCUCUCGGAAAUGCCAGAUAAUCUCGGAGCUGUGCAUGCCCAACUCCAGAACCUCAAACAGCAACACGGCUAUCGAGUUCUACUCUUGUAUAAGAAACACGACCGUCCAAGCCAUCCUUUCGAAGCGAACGUUGAUGAUCCGACCCUAGGGACAACGUCCGAUGGCCUCCAUACGUCGGAAUUCGCCCAUUUAGACUACGACUCGGACAAUGGAGCAGAUGAUGAUUAUGCGGCGCCGCUGUUGCCGUAUCUGUUUGUACAAGAACAGCAGAUGAAGAGUACUAGAAUUGGGAUGAGGAGUACUACAAAGGCUGAAAGUACAACCAGUUUGCGAAGUACAAGCAAUCUGAAAAGUACAACAAACCUCAAAAGCACAACUCAGUUACAAUCUACUUCACACUCCAGUAGUGCUCUCACCGCUACUUCCUCCAGCACACUCCUCCUUCGUGCCAAGCUGCAAUUGCAUCAGAAGGAAAAGCAGAGUGUAUCUGUGAAAAACUUCCUUUGUCAAGGGGCUUCUUUUCCUUGUGCUUCGAACACAGCAGAGGUACACACCUGGGAAGAUGCUCUUGGGAAGCCUCAGGUGGUGGACCAAAUCGUCGCAGGCGCUUGCCCGAUCCUGACAGACGAGCCGGAAGAUGGAGAGUAACGAUGGAGGAUGGUACAGAGCAUAUUUUUUCAGGUAAUUACUUGUGCUGGCUGCAUCGCGAGGACUCCGUUUUGAGCCUUCUUCUAGGUUGAAUGAUUACAAGGGAGACCGAACUGGAAGAGAAAGGGCUUGGGAAGACACUAUAACAUGCACUUUCCCAACAUCGGAUUUGAUGGUAUGGAAGGUAAUAUUUAAUUUUUUCCGGUGUUGAUGAUUUAGAAAAUGGGUGCCACGACCUAAGAAUAGUUUGGACAGAAAUGGACAGAUGGUUUUUCUUUUCUCGGAUUGUUGGACACGUAAAUGUAGAUGACUUUUCUUUUCCAUAAUGUUGAACAGAAUUGCUCUUAGAAGAGGUGACAAGGGAUAGCCAGAAACAGAAAAGUGGCAGGGCGAAGAGUACGUUGUAUGCUCUCUGAAAGCAACAUCAGCUUGCGCUUCUGUAACAAGUCUAUAACAUGGG